UCAUCUCAUCUGGCCCCGCUUUAUCCUGCCUUUCCAUUAACCCGUCAUCCUACCUCGACUUCAUUCUUACCUCCUCUUCCCUUUCACUCCUCUCUUUCAUGGCGGUUCCUCAGUGCAGUGGGGCUGUCCUACUUUCGGCAACUGUGCAGGAUGUAGGGGAAGCAGAAGAGCAGUGCCAGAUGUAUUCAUCCACUGGGUGAGAAUAACCUGGAGAAUGUCUUAAGCAUCAGUCUCAUCGCAGCAAUGACAGAGGACCUGCUCCACCUCCACCUGCAGUAUCCAGACAUGAAGAUCAUCUUCUCUGGCAUCACCCAGUGGAGCAGGUGGAAGGCUGGUGUCAAAGAAGCUGGGUCUUCAGAAUGGUAGCAGGGUAUGACAACGUGUCUAAGGACAGCAGCAUUAGACAACAGGCAUGGAAGCGGAGGGCACUGCAGAGCCAGCUUUUGUGGACGUGGACCAGGGCUUGACUUUGGCCUACAUCGCCUUCCUCUGCCUGCUGCUGUUGGCCAUGAUCAUCCGCUGUGCCAAGGUCAUAAUGGACCCAUACAGUGCAAUCCCUACCUCCACAUGGGAGGAACAGCUCUUAGAUGACUAACAUGUGGGCAGCCACCCAUGACAAGACCAGCAAUGUUCCAACCUAGAAAAAGGAAGGUUCUUCAUGGGUUCUGUAUUGUGGUAGUGCAAUCCAUUCCAUUCCACAGGCUGUAAAUGACAAGCAAGUAAAGUUAUAAAUCAACGUAAGUAUAAUUCCUUCAGCAUAAGUUUAGAGAAUUUCAGUUUUUCUAAAGUGCUGACGCACUUAAGGGUUCCAGUCUUUGAGACAGAAGAUAUUUUAUUUAGAAGGGAUUCUGUCUGCCAAGAAAGCCAUUGAUGGGGUGAUACAAUCCCCCAAAAAAGCACAUAAACUUGGUUAUUUGUACCUAGAGAUGUCUUCACGAGCCCUGUGGCAACCAUACAUUCCUGUUGGCCGAACAAACACAAUCAGUAAAAGUAACUGGACAGCAGCCUUGACUGACUGCACUUUCCCUUUGCUUUGUGGAAUUGCAAAUUGGCAGAGAAUGACAUAGGUCACAAAACUUAUAAGGUACCUAGGAAAUAUCAACGGGCUUUGCAUUUACAACUUGUGUGGAUGUGGAAAAUAAUAUAAAAACUAUGUGUCAAUUUUCUAGUUAUGGGGAGUCACAUUGUUGAGUUUCUGCUUUCUGUGGCUCUGAAGGAGUUUUGUCAAGAUUGGGGAGAGACUACAACCUUGAGAUGACAACUUUAUCACAGAACCCACUGGUGUUUUUCAUGGAGGAUGGAAACAUCAAAAGACAUUGCUAAAUUACAUUAAGGGAAGCGUAAAAUCCCAGGAGUUUAAGAUUCAUCCUCAUGAGGGUUUAAGGCAGGAUAUGGGCUUCUGUACUUUAGGAGCUCCUAAACCUAUGGAGGCAGAAUACCAAAUCUCUGGAGUGUCCUUUUAAUUAUGCAGAGAGGCCUUUGUGUAUUCAUUUCACUGCAAGACACAAAUGCAGAUUUUGUAUGUUUUAUGAAUACUUUUGAUGGGUAUUUGCUUGAAACGCGAUCUCUGACUAUGCCCAGUGAGCAAUAUUGCUCGGACAGUCUGUAGGCAUUUAGCCUUUACAGUAGCAGUUAUGCCUGGUUAUGUUGUACUGCCACCGCAUGUCUUCUCCCAUUGCUGAGCAAAAUGUACACAAAUGCACACAAACAAAACUAUAAGGCAGGCAUCAAAUGCUAGCAGUGUUAUGGCUCAGGUUUGUAAAACACCCAGACAAGACUACUUAAUUCCUAAUUCUGCCUUAUUUGCUUUGGUUGUCUCAGUUUUUAGUUUUAAAAAAGCCUGAUGUUCUUGUUGCUUCUAAUUGCAUCUGUGCCUGACUUGUGUAUCUCCAUUGACAGUAUUUAUCUUUUUUGAAAUAAUUGCCAGUUGCAUGGUAUGAAGUGCCUAUGCUUACAGUAAACAGCAGAACUAUGUAGUACAACGCUAAGUCCCUUUAUCUUAAAUUCCUUGGAAAAAUGAACAUUUGGAUGUAAAAACAGCACACUGUGUUUCUCCCCAUGCAGAAGAGUUUAAUAAUUCUGCUUCUCAUUCAUAGCAUUCUUUUCGAUGUCUCACUAUGGGAUAUGCCCCUUGUGUUUAUCUCAUUACGCCAAUCUUGAUUGGCUGAUGAUCACCACACCUGCAUCAGGUGGAGCCACCUACCCUUAAGUAGCCUGCACUACCAUGCAGCAUCACUCCAAUUCCUCUUCUCUCUUCCUCUUUGUGUAGCAAAUCUCAACUUUGUAUGUGCUAGCUAGCUUAACUGUUCAUAGAUUGGAGCUAACUUGGCUAAUGCUCUGUUGCCAAAUGCUAAGUGCCACACCUGCGACCAUCCAGCCUUCACCAUAGCCUGGAGAGUCAACCAGCCACGCCAGCUUUGCUUAUGGAAGAUGUACUGGAGUUGGAUUAUGAGGAUGAUGACAAGGAUACCUUGGAACUCCUCAUAUCUGAGGAGGAUGAGCGUGAGGACGAUGUCCUCGUCCUGUGCACUCAGUUUGCCAUACCAGGCGCUGUGGCUGCCCUCGGACAAGGAGGGAGGCACGCCCACUUUCCUCUCCACCAGCAUGGAUGUUCAGCUGAACAUCCCUUGGUGUAAUAACGGAGAACACCAAAUCCUGCAUGCCCCCAGUGGAGCCGUGAACCCUACACUGCCAUCCAAAGCAAACUGCUUCCAGUCCACCAUGACGGAGUGAGCUUACAGGGCAGCAGCGCUGACUGUCAGGGCGCUGAACAUCUUCUCCAUGUUCACAGCAUAGUAAGCGGAGCUAUGUGAGGAUAUGAUGACCAAGCCUGACCCAGCGAUGUGGGAUAAGAAAACCGUGAUAAUGGACAUCUGCCUCCACGCACAGCGCUGUGUGGUCCAAGCAGGUACAUCUCUGGGAAUGAUGGUGUUGCAGGAAAGAGCCAGGUGGCUCAACCUGACCAACCUACCUUACAGAGAGAAGGAGGACAUUUUGAACAUGCCAUUCAUACCAUGGCAUUUUUGGCUCUGCUCUCACCUCAAUGCAGCAGCGUUAUGAGGCAAAAAAGGAGGACAACGCUCUCCAGCUCUGUCUCCCUCGCUAAGCCAAGCCCACACCUGCCCCAGCCCCACAACAGACUUUUGCACAGGCUACGACAUGAUCUCCAUUGUCUCAGUUCAAAAUCCUGAAACAGCCUAAAGCCCAUCCUGCCCCUAGUGCUUCACCCAGACUGGAGGUGAAGACUGGCUGGUCCAGAAAUGCCUCCCGCGAUGACAGCAGCUCUGCCGGUACAGACCACGCAGACCGCCAGUCAGCAAGCCAGGAAGAAGAAGAGGUCUCCCCUCUUCCCACCACUGCUGGUGCUGUCUGUUCCUAUUCACCAGCCCCACCGCUUCUCUUCCACAUCCCAGGUCCUGUAGGCCCCUGCAGACUCAUUCUACAUGUGGCCUGACUGCAUCCUGGGCCCUGCGUAAAGAGGUCUCAGUUCAGGAGAUUUGUGAAGCAGCAAGCUGGUCUUCACCUCUCACUUUUGUCCUCUUUUAUAAGCUGGACGUCUCUGCUCUGAGCCUGGCUCUUGCAGUACUGGGCCCCCUUAGAGCAGAGGGCCGUUCCUUGAGUGCUGGUGGUUGAUCUGAGAUAAACGUGUCUGGCAAUACGGGAGUUUCCAUAUCAUAUAGUGAGACAUCGAAACGAAUGCUAGGAAUGAGAACAAUAACUUACUUACGUAACCCUGGUUCUCACAGUAGCAUGAGUGCGAUGUCUCACCAGACAGCCCUUCUUGCUUGGCAAAGUGAGAAGAGGUGCUUAUUUGAGUGGUGCUGCAUGGUAGCACAGCCUACUUAAGGGCAGGUGGUGAUCACCAGCCAGUCUGGAUUGGGGUAAUGAGAUAAAUGCCUCUGAGGCAUAGGCAGGGGGCCUAUUACAUAGUGAGACAUCUCACUCAUGCUACCCUGAGAACUGGGAUUAUGCAAGUAACCGAUAGUUUUUAUUUUCCUGGGAUCUCGGAUAUCUUGAAAACAGUAAAGGUGGUCACAGGGGUCAGUUUGGAAGACAGCUUUUUACUGACAUAACUAUGGGGAGGUUAUGAAAUAACUGUUAAUUAAGCUGUAUGAGGCAAAGCACCUGACACAGUCUAGUACAACAGUGAGGAACAUCCAUCAGAUAGGACAGAAUGACAUUCUGGCUCUCCUGUCUUUUCUCUGCUAUUUUUGUUCUCUGUGUAUUUUUAGCUUGAGCAACUCUCUAUUCUAAAGCUUGAAAUUCAUCAAGAAUGUCUAUAAAUGUCUAUGUUUACUGGCAGUUCACAUAUAAUCAACCUUUAUUUAAUUUGACCUAUUUACACUGUGUUCCAAGUUAUUAUGCAUAUGCUGUUUUUGUUCAUUUUUCCUAAACAGUAAAUACAAAUGACAGUCGGUCCAAUUUUUUUACUCCUCAACUAUUAUAUUGUAAUCAGGAUUUUCUUAAACAAAACUUUAGAUGAUGACAACAGUAUUUGUUUUUAAAUAUCUCAAAAUGCAGAGUUCCAAAUUAUUAAGCACAAUAGAGUUUGAAAGCAUUCAAAAGAUUAUAAAGAAUUGAAAAUGGAAAUCCAUUAUAUUUUCUGUAUUAGGGGAUAUUUUUUCUCAAAAUAAAUGCUCUUUCAGUCAAAAACAUCUUUAAAGGUCAAGUUACAUGUUAACAUAGGAGCCCUUCUUGGAUGUCACCUUCACAACUCUCCUAUUCAUUGAACUUGUGUGUCCAUGUAUAGUUUCUGCCUGGAUUUAAUUUGCGUAUGCCUUCCAGAAGUUUAGUGUUGACAAACAACAAAACUAGCUGUGGCAAACUGUGGUAAGAAAUGACUCUGCUGAUCAGUGGUGGUUAAUAAAGGCAGUGGACGAUGGCUGCUGGCAAAUACUAUGAAUGUAAACUGCACAUUAAAAAUUUGCUCUGGAAGAUUGCAAAGAAAGAAUAUAAAACAGAUUUGCUCCUGUGUGGCAGUAAAUUUUGCAAGGGGCAAACCUGUCAUCAUCAGGCAGCAGCCUCAUGACAUCAGAGGGCAGAAAUGAAGAGAAAAAUAUGCAUUUAAACAUUUUUCUGCAUAUUGUGGUCAAAUUUAGAUGUACAUAUGCAAGUGCUAAAUUUAUUAAAGUAUAAAGAACCACCACAAAGCAAACUCACCUGUUUAGAACAUGUGAUUCUGUCACAGAAAGACGAUGGAAAUUUUAUUCAGUACUUAUCCAUGAGGAACAAUUUGCAAACCAUGAGGCUUUUUUCAUCAACUGCCUUCUUCUUCUAAGCUAAAUGGUACAAAAAUGUAAAUCUUCUAAUAGUCAAGGGCAUAUUGUGCACAUUCAAACAUCCACAGGGCAUUGAAGGUCAAGUUCAAGAUACAUACAGUAUGAUAAUGCUGGUGACUGUACAUUGUGAGAAUGUAAAACAGUGAUCUCAUUUGACUUUACAAUUAAAUUGUGUCCUGUUUCUCUCUUGCCUUUAACCCUGGCUAUUUGCUGGCAGUAUCCUGUGUUCUUCAUCUCUUUUUCUGUGAAAAGGACUUGCCUCUUUUGUUGAGCAACCUUAUUAGGGCACAGGGCAACAUUUAAAGCAUUCAGUAUGCAUCUUACUUUGUGACUCUUGCUCAUGUCUCUCUGGCAUUUAUGUCUGAGGUGUUUAUUAAUAAAUAAAUGUGUUACUGUUAUACAUAGAAAAGCCAUUUUCAAGUCAAUGUAAUUUUAUUGAUUUAUUUCAUUUCGGGUAAUCUCUGGUUUUGAACUUUUGGUCAGCUUGGGCUUUUGUAUGGAGUUUGUUACAUGUUGUUGCUCUGCCUAUGUGGGCUUUCUCUAUGUCUCUAGCUUUCUCCCACAAGCCAAAGACAUGCAUGGUAGGUUGACUGGUGAUUCUAAAUUGGGGGAGUUUGAGCAUGCAUGUUUGGUUGUGUUCUUGUGUGAGCCCUGUGAGGGACAGACUCCAACACCCUGCAGUCCUCUGCAGGAUAAAGUGGGAAUAGCUGGUGGAUGAAUUCAAGCAGUGUUUAGGUAUUAGUGUAUUGCUAGAAAGGUCAAUUUUAGACUUAUCUGCUUAAUGUGGAUAUCCUCUAAUAUACACAUUCUGUAUAUUUAGAUUUUUAAAAAACAAAAAACAUCAGAAUAAUUGUUCUAUUGAAACACUUUGAAUGGACUUGAAACAACAACAGAGC